GCUAUGUACCAAGUUUGGUUGAAGAAGAAGAUGUAAAUGUGAAAAGUUUACGACGACGACAACGACGGACAACAAUUUUAUAAAAUGAAGAUGGAAAAGGUUGUUCUGUUCAUUGUACUUUUAUACUGCAUUGCAUUCCAAACAAGUAUAGCCUGGCUCUUUGAUAUUCCACCAAAAUUUGUCGACGGCCCUGGACUCUCAAAAAGACAUUUCCUGGGACUUGAUAGAGAUUCUACACACCAUGAUUAUACCCCCAAGGUUUUUAAUCAAGGAUUGAAGAGCAAUCAUCAACUGAAUUUUAAUUUAUUACUGUGGAUCUUAAAACAAUGGCAGAAACCUGAACUUAUUGAAAUAAGACAAUCUAAAGACGAAGGCAUCAUGCGGCUCUAAAUAACGGAUUUCACUCCAGAUUUUUUGAAAAUCACAUUUGUUUGAAACAUGACAAUUAUAUAUUAAAUUUACACAUGGUAAAUCAGACAUACUUAGCUUUUGUAUAUAUCAUUAUCAACAAUA